AUGGCCAAAAAUUUGCAACAAAGUUCUCCUUUGGGAGAACAAAAGGAUAUUCUGAAUGAUGUUUCAAAACAAAAUGAUAUUGAUGGUGAUGAAGAAAUAUCAGCCAGGAUGACAGCGUCUUAUAGUGAAAUAUCUUUCCAUUCUGACCAAGGACAAACAGAGGGACCCGAUAGAGUGCCUGGACCCUCGAGACCUUAUGACCUGCCAUCGGAGAACCGCAAACAAGAGAAGCUUCCUUUGGACAUGGAUGGACAUGUUAGUUCCAGUGCAUCAAGAUCCAGUACACCUUCAGGGAAACUUUACAGACAAAUACUUGCACCACAGAUUGGACAAAUUGAUAUUACAGUGUUACAUGACCUGGAAUAUGAAGCUCAAAGGAUUGCUCAGUCAGUUGAUAAUUUAAUUGAAAACUUGUCAAGCAUUUUACAUUCUAACUCAUCUUUGACGGCCGAGAACAUGGAGGUUUAUAAAGAUGCUGUAGGUAAAACAUGUGAUGCAAUGGAUAAUAAUAUUAAGAGUAUGUACACAAUCUUGGCGAAGGGUGAAGAGGUAUCUCAAGCCAUGAUCCCGGUGCAAGCACAGGCUGCAAGAAUUGCAGAAAUCAAAAGACUCCUUCAAAUAUUUGAAAAUAAUUUUUAG